GCUGUUAGUGAAUCGAUGCUUGAACCGAAGCUGUGAAGUUUAGAUGUGCAUUUUAUUGCUCAAUAAUAUUCAUCCUUCCAUCAUCAUCUCGUUCAUGAGCUUUGGAUACCUAAACAUCGGGGUUAUCCUGUCGGUUCGUUCUAAUCUCCGCCAUCGCCAUUCGCCCCGCUCGCAACAUCUCCUCCGAUGGAGGCCAAUUAUGGUAUGUGCAACUUCUGAGGCCUAUAACGAGGAAGUGGAAGACAUCAUGGGUUACUAUAGGGCCUGCCAGGGGUGACGUCGGCCCUUAAGCUUUUCAGGGGUCGUUCAUUCACCUUGAUAACAGUCUUGGGGACCCACCAGCAAUUGCGUUCAAAUAGACAGCACUUCGUUCCGGAUUUCUCUCUUUUUCCGUCUUCCGCGAUGCGAGGGAUGAUGAGGUGAGGUGAAAGUCGCUGGAAGGGGAAUCGCGAUGAUGAGGGAGGACGGUGGAUCUGCAGCGGAAUCCCAUCCGGCCCAUGGUGAUCUUCAUGAUCGGGGCGGAGGGCUUCAUCGGAUCCCAACUCUGCGAGAAGCAGAUGGGGGAGACCCUCCUCACCGAGUUCGCGGUGAACGCCUACAGCGACGAGAUCAAGCACAUCUUGGAGCCGGCCCGCCAGGCAGAGCAGCAGCAGCAGCAUCUCCGGACACCCCUGGGUCGGUCGAAUCCACUUCCACCGCCUCAACAUCAAGUACAACUCCAGGCUCGGGGUCCUCAUCAGGAUGUCCGAUGUGACGAUCAUGCGAUCUGCACGCCGGCAUAUCACAACACUCGUCCGCUUGAUGCCAUCUCAGCAAUUUCGUCGACGCUUCCAAAUUUAAGAGUCACUUGCACUUCCUCAGUUUGACUGUCCAAUUGCCGCUGAUAUCUUUUUCUUCAAUUUUGUUGCUGAUUAGGUGUUGCUCAGAGAAUAAGCGGCUCACUCACUUCUCCACUUGUAAAGUCUAUGGAACAAUAAUUAGGAGCGUCCUUCCAAAGGCUCACCCGUAGACAGGUAUUGCAGUCUGUGGAUUACCUAAAAGCUAAGGACCUAAAGUGAAGGAACAUCGUGCGUUGACAGCGAAUUCUACCGUGAAGGGUGAAGGGAAUGAUGACACUGACAAACGGAUUGUCAGCAUGACUAUUCUCAAUAAACAACUUGGUUGGAAUCCAAGAUAUCACUGUGGAACUUGCUCGAGUUGACUCUUACCUACCAGGUGGACAAUGGCAAAAUCUACCGCGUCCACUUAGGUGCAACCGAAUCUGCAACUCAACCUUCGUGGCCCUACAUGUAUCUGCAUCGAGAUUAUGACCACCAGAUCGACUGGAAUAAUCCUCAGUGGAAUGAAUGGUUGUCUCUCUCGCCUCAGCACGAUACCAGGCGGCUCCACCGAGACAAGGUUAUAUGAUCGAUCCCAUCGAUCCAAUAAAAAACCCUGCCUCGAGAAACCUGUGGAUUUCGAAACAGUCCGCGGGCAGGGAAAACCAUGGGCAUUUUUCCGCGGCGGUUUCGGGUAACAGGAGUUACGCAUUGCUGCUUGGACCCCAACUUUCUUAUUGCGAGACGACCUUUUGCUGCAUGCUCUCCGCCACGGACCACCGAAAUCGGGAUGUCAUUGGACCUCGCACGGGGGAUGCCCGUCACUUCUUCGAGCCAAUUGGACAUGACGGCCGUCUGUUCGCUGUCGGAGGUAGACGCAGCCGAGUCCACCAACUUCACCCACAGGAAGUUGGAAAACAUGCGACUGAAACCGAUGGAAUGCGAGGUUGUGAUCCCUCCCCGUCCCUCCGAUUCCGAAAACCACGUACGUACUUUACCACCUCAAAAACCGGCGGCACUCACAGCUCCACGCCCCGCAGAAGGACAUGGGAGCGAUGCCCAUCGAAGCGGGCGGCGCUCUGCUCAUGGUAUCCUCCGUUUCCCUUUCGUUUUCUGACAUUUCUUUUAUGUGAUUUCUGCGGUCCGCCAACGAAGAGCUGCGACGUAGGAGUAGAAGUCGUGACGCAGCAGUAGACGCACCUUUCAGAGAACUGAGCUAUAUGAUCUUCACGCUCCUGGGUGCUUCGGAGACUUUGCGACCCUCGGGGUUUCGUUGUCUCGCGCGCUUUACCGGCUCGGCGGCCGCCCCAUGAAAAGGUAGGGCAGCGAAGGGAAGAACAGCGAGAGCAUUAGUGUCGUAAUUGAUACUUGUAGGAAGUGAAUGAUGAAGAUGGAUGGAGGGAAUGGCGUGCCCGGGGGAAUGCUGCCCACCAGCAUGGGCUCUGGAGGAUUGCUAGGCCUGGACAUGUCUCUCCACCCUCACCAACAGAUGCAGCAGCAACAGCAGCCGCUGCUUCAUCACCAGCUCCAGCAGACGCACCACAUGCUGCCGUUCCAGGCUCCGACAGCCAGUGACGGCGACCGCCAGGCCGAGCAGCACCCCGUGAGGCACGCCCAGUACGUGCCCCCGUUUGGCCACGUCAGGGAUAAACAGCAGCCGGCCAUGAGUUCCGAGGAGGAGCCCAGAUACGGGGACGAGGUCGAUGACCAGGUGCGGCGGGGAGGGAUGUCGCACCCGUCGCCGUCGGCCUCUCCGUGGCAGCGGAUGAAGUGGACCGACGGUAUGGUCCGGCUCCUCAUCCAGGUGGUCUACCGCGUGGGGGACGACGGCGGUGGGGCGGAGGGGGAGCAGCAGCAACCCCAGGGCUCGGUUGCAAAGGGCAAGAAGUCGUCGUCCGCGGCGGCGGCGGCGGCGGCGGCAUCGGCAUCGGCGUCGGCGCUGCUGCAGAAGAAGGGGAAGUGGAAGUCGGUGUCGCGGGCAAUGAUGGACAAGGGGUUCUUCGUGUCGCCGCAGCAGUGCGAGGACAAGUUCAACGACCUGAACAAGCGAUACAAGCGGGUGAACGACCUCCUUGGCAAGGGAACGGCCUGCCGGGUGGUGGAGAACCAGGCUCUCCUCGAGACCAUGGACCUCUCCCCCAAGGCUAAGGAGGAAGCCCGCAAGCUCCUCAACUCCAAGCACCUCUUCUUCCGCGAGAUGUGCGCCUACCACAACGCUGGAGCUUACUCCGCCUGCGCCGCCCCUCCCCCUCCGCAGAUGCCGCCGCCCCAUUCCUCAGAUCAGCAGCAGCACUGCUUCCACCACCCGCCUGGCCGAGCUGACACGGCACUGUCCACGAGGAAGGUCGCAGGAGGUAGCAGGGCCGCCAUCGUCGCCGACGAGGAGGGAAUGGCGGAAGAUAUGGACGAUGACGAUGAUGUGGACAGCGAGGACGAUGACGACUACGAUGACGAGGAUGAUGAUGAUGACGACGACAUGGAAGGACACAACCAUAAGCGCUUCGGGCACCACCACCAACACAAGCACGACGAGGUGGGGGAGGACGAGGACACCAAGAAGCACAGGAAGACGGCGUCUCAGACGUCAGCCUCCCCUCCGCUCUCACUGACGCUGUCGUCGCCAUCCAGCUCCGUGCAGCAGUUGCGGUCCGAGAUGGUGGCCAUGUCCGGCGGGGGUGAGCAGCCGCAACGGCAGUGGCUGAAGAGGAAGGCAGCGGAGCUGGAGGAGCAGCGGGUGGCGUACCAAUGCCGGGCCUUCCAACUGGAGCGCCAGCGCUUCAAAUGGCUCCGCUUCAGCACUAACAAGGAACGCGAGAUGGAGCGCAUGAAGCUGGAGAACGAACGCCUCCGCCUUGAGAACGACCGCAUGGCGCUGCUGCUCCGACAAAGAGAGCUCGAGCUCAUACAGGGAGGCAGCGGCGGCGGUGGCGGUGGCGUCUCCUCCUCCGCCGAGCAGCAGCUAAUGCUUCAGAACACCAAUGCCAAUCCUAACUCUGCUACUACGGUCUAAAGCUUGUCUUCUUUGUCGCCCCAGGAAAGAUUAAGACGGGGGAGGCUUCAAUGCGCUGCAGCGGGCAAUUAACGUGCACAUUCCUGCCUUUGCAAUAGCAUGAUGGUGUGGUGACCACAAGUAGACGCGAAAACCCGGAAUGAGUUCUUUUAUGGUAUCUUUGUAAUUUUUCCUUCACUUAAGUUUGGCGUUUUCCUGUAACGAAGAACUGAUACAUUUUCGUUUACGAAAUUCUGUGAAA